CUGCCGCCAGCCUGAAGGAGUACAAGGGUAGAGUAAACUACCGAUUUAUCCAAAUGACCCUGAGGCUGAAAGCUGAAGACAUAACGACGAAGGAGUUAGUUGACCAAAUGGAGGCAGUGAAGUUAGAGAAGAGGAUGAAAGUCCUCCCAACGACUCCGAAAACCAACCACCAAAAUGAGGUGCCUCCAGGCAAAUCUUCAUCAUGCUAAGGCUGCUACCACUGAGCUUAGCAGAAGACUUGCCGGAGGUAUCAACAUAGGGCUGAACCAAGAGCCUGGAUGUACAGAGGCCGUCCUCAAGCUCUCAAUGUCCAAAAUACACAGGAAAUUUAUGUCAAAAGCGCUGUCAAACCUAGGGCUGCGAUAAUCGUAGAUACCGACAUAAAAUUUUUGCCAUUCCCAGAAUUUGUGGAUGGUUACAUCUCAACAAUACUGGUCGAAGUGGAGUUUGGUGGAAACAAGAGAGAGGUCAUAAUCGACUCAGCUUAUUUCCCUGGAGACGCCGGCACAGUACCACCAGAGAAAAUCAGAGGUCUAGUGAAGUAUUGCCAAACCCACAAUCAAACCUUCAUAAUUGGAUGCGACGCAAACUCCCACAAUAUGGCAUGGGGUAGGACAAAUACAAAUAACAGAGGUGUGUCACUCCUUGAAUUUUUAUUACUUAGUAACAUAACAGUAGUAAACAGGGGUAAUAAACCCACUUUUGUAAACGCUAUACGACAAGAGGUACUCGAUUUAACUCUAAUUACUAACAAAGCUUUGAAUAUGAUCAGUAACUGGAGAUUGUCGGAUGAGGACUCAAUGUCUGACUACAAACACAUACUCUUUGACUUAAAUGGGGUGGUAAAGUUUUCCACAUUUUACAGAAGUCCAAAAACAGCAAACUGGAAAAGAUACAAUGAAUGUCUUUCAGCUAAGCUUAAUAACAGCGUGAGCGAAAUAACAUCAACAGAGGAGCUAGAAAAGGCAGUGACAGACAUGACUGACUCAAUUAUAUCCUCAUACCCAGACUGUUGUCUACUAAAAAUGAAAGGUGACUCAAGUCCUCAAUAGAGCUGUAAAACUAUCGAUGGCACUAUCGAUAUAUCGAAUUUUUAUAUUUUUGCGUCGCUAUCGAUGGUUAUUGUUCACUAUCGAUAGUGGCAUUACCAUACAUUGCACAUCACUUGUUUUGGCGCAACUUUGCAGGUCGGCAGCAAAUUUUGGUAAAUUUUCGUUGGUGUUGGUGGCGGAAGGAUGGACAAAUUUCUCUUGAAAAACUCACAGGAUGGACAAGACAGCAGCAUUGAGGCAAUUGAGGAGGACAACCAGCUAGCAAAAAGGCAGCGAGUCGGAAGAUCAUCGGUGUGGGGCCAUUUCGAAAAAAUAAACAACGGUAUGUCGGCAAAGUGUCGCUCUUGCGGCAAAAUGUAUAAGACGAGCGGAAAUACCUCAAAUUUAUUUGACCACCUGAAGCGUGCGCAUCUCGGUCAGCGUGUUAACGAUUUGUCAAUCACUUCUGGUAAAAUAGAUACAUAUUUAAACACAACAUAUGAAUCUACGUCAAAGCGCAAACAAGAGCUUGAUUUAGGACUCAUAAAAUUUGUAGCUCAAGGCAUGCAACCUUUUUCUAUAGUUGAGGAUCCUGAGCUUCGCGACUUUAUCAAACUAUUCGACCCACGCUACAAACUACCGUCGCGGACUACCCUCUCUAAUGUCAUGAUGACAAAUUUAUUUGAUGAGCAGAAACCUAAAUUAAAAAAAUUUGCUCAGCAAAAUAAAUCACUGUGCCAUCACAACUGAUAUGUGGACGUCCCUGGCAAAUGAAUCUUAUAUGACAGUCACAUGCUCGUUUAUUACAGAUAGUUACUGUCUUCGCUCUGCUGUUUUAUCAACAAAUAAGCUAAUUGAUGAAACAAAUCAUACUGCUAAGAAUAUAGCAGAUACCCUGCAGGCUGUUUGCAACGAAUGGGGAAUUUUUGAUAAAAUAACUGCAAUUGUGACCGAUAAUGCAAGCUCAAUGAUCAAAGCGUGUGAGCUGCUUAAAAAAAGGAAUUUACCCUGCUAUGCACACUCACUUAAUUUGGUGGUGCAAGAUUGCCUUAAGCUGGAUUGAACAAAAGAAUUACUUAAAAAAUGCAAGUCCAUUGUCGCGUUUUUUAAAAGUAGCACGAUUGCUUACAAGAAAUUUAAAGAUUCUCAAUUGACGGAAACUAAAUAUAGUCUAAUACAGGAAGUUGCCACCAGAUGGAACAGUGCAUUCCUAAUGAUUGAAAGAGUCUUAAAAACACAUGAAGCAAUCAAUAUAACACUUCUAAGUUUGUCGAAAGCGCCACAGCCUCUCACAGCUGACGAAAUCAACAUAUUAAAAGACUUGUCACAAAUACUUUCUCCCUUUGACAUUGCUUCCAAAGAAGUGUCAUCGAAUUCUAAAGUCACAGUAUCACUAGUUAUUCCAGUUACUUGUGGCCUUUUAAACAACUUGGAAAAUAGCACAAAAAAUCUUCUUACCGAAGUUGGCCUUAAAGUAAACGAAUUUUUAAUUGAUUGCGUAAUCAAAAGGUUGUACAAGUACGAAGAUCGCACAGUAACUAGCAUUUCUACAUUGCUUGAUCCAAGGUUUAAAAAACAAGGUUUCCGUUCGCAAUACAAUGCCAAAAAUGCUGAAAAACUUUUAAUUGAAGAACUUAUUCAUCUGAGCAAGUCUUCAGCUCCCACCUCAGAGCCACCAACACCAAUUGAUCAACCAAAACCAACACGACAUCCUCUUUAUGAAUUUGUAAAAAUCAACAUAGAAAAUUUGCCUAGGACCAAGCGCUCCGAUGCAAUAAUUGAUUUACAACAAUAUAUUGGGAAACAUCACUCCUUGGGCGAUGUUGAUCCCCUCAAAUAUUGGCAGCAUAACGAAAAUAGUAUAAAAGGCCUUACUACGAAAUAUUUUUGCAUUCCUGCUUCAUCGACAGAGUCGGAUCGAUUGUUCAGCAAAGCUGGACAAAUUAUAACGGAACGAAGAGCUGCCUUAAAAGCUAAGCAUGUGGACAUGCUCCUUUUUCUUAGUCACAAUUCUCGGAUCUUGGCAGAAGACUGAUCCUUAAUUUUAAUUUUAUUCAAAUUUGUUUUGAUUUACUAUGUCCAUGAAGGAUCUCAUUAUGUUAAACAUAUGAAACAUAUGAAAUGUUUAUUAAAAUGUUAAUUUUUAUUGUUAAGUAUGCGUUUAUUAAGUUUUUGAAUUUGAAAAUAUUUUCGAUAGUACUAUCGAUACUAUUGAAUAUUUGU